AGUCGACGGAAACUCGGAACAGAUAAAAACGAAGCAGAGCAUCAGAGGCUAAAGCAGAAAUGUCAAUCCUUAUCCAUGCUUCCUACUGCAAGACUACCAAUCCCUUCUUCCACCCAUUCAUCUCAAUCUCCCCACCUUCUAAAACCCCCAAUCUCCCCACCUACAAAUCCCUGCGCUUCUCCUUCCGAUUGCCGAAAUUCAGACCAGUCCAUGUUCGAUUCUGUGCAGAAAAUGGAGUACCCCGAACCACCGAGCCCGAAUUGCUCGACAAGCCUUCUCCAAAGCAAUUGGAGAACGAGCCCGAGCCCGCCGACGAAGCCGAAGUGAAAGAAAUCGAUAAAGAAGAAGUACUGGAUUCCUUCUACAGGUUUUUCAAGCCCUCGGGAGAAGAAAACAAUGCUUCGGAAACUGAGGCUGAGAGUUCAAUUAAGGAGGAGGAGAGAGAAGAAAUCAGUGUGGAGUAUUACGAGCCUCAGGCGGGUGAUUUUGUGGUGGGCGUGGUGGUUUCGGGAAACGAGAAUAAGCUGGAUGUGAAUGUGGGGGCGGAUAUGUUGGGGACGAUGCUGACUAAGGAUGUGCUGCCAUUGUACGAGAGGGAGAUGGAGUAUUUGCUGUGUGAUUUGGAGAAGGAUGCGGAGGAGUUUUUGGCGCCGGGGAAGGUGGGGAUUGUGAGGUACGAGGAGGCGGUGGGCGGCAGGGCUUUGCCGGGAAGGCCUGUUGUGGAGGUGGGGACGGUGGUGUUUGCGGAGGUGCUUGGGAGAACGCUCGGCGGCCGCCCAUUGCUGUCGGCUAGACGGUUCUUCCGGCGGAUUGCUUGGCACAGAGUGAGGCAGAUUCAGCAACUCAAUGAGCCGAUUGAGGUUAGAAUAACAGAAUGGAAUACAGGAGGUCUUCUUACAAGAAUAGAGGGGCUGAGGGGGUUCAUACCUAAAGCUGAAUUGAUGAAUCGCGUUAACAAUUUCACAGAAUUGAAAGAGAAUGUGGGUCGUAGGAUACACGUGCUAAUUACUAGAAUAAAUGAAGAUACAAACGACUUAAUUCUCAGCGAAAAAGAAGCUUGGGAAAAGGUGCAUCUUCAAGAGGGAACACUUCUUGUCGGGACAGUUAAGAAAAUCUUUCAGUAUGGUGCACAGAUAAGGAUUGGUGAUACUAACCGAAGUGGAUUGCUGCAUAUUUCAAACAUAAGUCGAGAGCGAAUUACAUCUGUUGAUGAUGUAUUGGCAGUUGAUGAAGAGGUCAAAGUUUUGGUCGUGAAGUCGAUGCUUCCCGGGAAGAUUUCCCUUAGCAUUGCUGAACUUGAAAGCGAACCCGGCCUGUUUUUAUCGGACAAGAAGAGAGUAUAUUCAGAAGCUGAAGAGAUGGCAAAAUUAUAUAGGAAGAAGAUUUCACCGGUUUCGAAAGUAGAAAGCAGCAAUGCCCUUCCGAUGGACGGAUUGCCUUUCGGAGAUGAAGAACGACUAUAUUCCAACUGGAAAUGGUUCAGAUUUGAGAAGGACGACGAUAUAUAAUGUUCGAAAAGCUCGGGCUUGAUGAUAGACUAGAGCAUGCUAGUAAAGAGAAAGCUUGACAUAAAAUGAUGAUAGAUAGCAGAAGGAAAAAAAAAGCUACUAAAUUAACAUAUUGAUGCAUAAGGUUUUAAAUUUUUUUUUUUUUUAGCAAAAAUUGAAAUAUAUAUAUCAAUGCAAUUUUGAUAUUAAAUUUGAAUUUGAAUGAUUUAUUCUGAUGUGGGCAAAAGUUAUUUCGAUCAUUUUA